AUGAUGGAUACAAUAUCACAUAAUCUUAUUGCUAAACGAUCAUGGUAUUUUUAUGAUGAUGCAAUUAUUGCAUUGGCUACAAAUCUAACAUUAACAACACAAACAACACCAUGGACAACAUUGGCUAGUCGUUUAUUACUAACUGGAAAAAUUACUAUUGGUUUCUUUAAUUCAACUGUUAUUACACUUUCUGAUGGAAACUAUUCUUUUUCUUUUAAUCAAGAGAAAACAUCAUCGAAUGUUCAAUGGAUACAUGUCGGUAAUUCUAAUAUAGGUUAUCUUCUACAAUCACAACAACAAUAUGCAACAUUAGGAUUUGAAUUUGGUAUUAAAACAGGAAAUUAUCUUGAAAUUGGUCCUUUUAAUUCUACAGUGACAAAACGUUUAUUAACUAUUUGGAUAGAUCAUGGACUUGGACCAUAUACUCUUAAUUAUAAUUAUAUAAUUUUACCUAGUAUUUCUCUUGAAUCAAUACCUACAUUAAUCAAACAAUAUAAUGAUGAACAAAUAUUUACAUGCCUAUCAACUACCAACUCGUUUCAUGGUACAAUGUGGCCUACAUUAAAACGUGCAUCAUUUGUUUUAUGGGAUAAUAUUACAACAACAUUUUCAUGCAAAAGUCCAUUGUUUGAAAUUAAUAUAGAAUUAAGCGAUGCUGGUGCUUAUUUAUAUAGUGAAACUAUAACUGAUUUCACCGUGACUGCAUCUCAUGCAACACAUACAAAUGGUAAUAUAAAAGUUACAGUUGAUCAAAUAGGCUUCGGUGAAGGAUGUUCAACAUCAGAAAAAAAUAAUGCUAAAAAAACAGAUAUCACAUUAGCAUUACCUUCCUCUCCAGACCUCUAA